AUGUAUAAUAUUUGUGGUACAUCAGGUGAAUUACUCGGACCAAGAGUAUGGUCUCGUUCACAACUAAGAAACGAUACAAACUAUCAUGGUAUGUAUGAUUUAUUACGUUUUCAAUUGAUGUGUCUCAAAGUAAAAAGUGAAAAUGGUCAAUUUCCUACUAUUCAUAUAUAUCCAAUGUAUGAAAAAAAUGAAACACAAGCUGAAGGAACUGUUGGAUGUAUUUCAUGUAUUUCACAUGGAUCAACAUUUUCAAUUGAAGGAAAUUUUCAAGUUAAAUUAAAUAGAUAUAAUCUUGAUGCAUUGAAUAAAAGUAUUGAGAAUGUAGUAUAUUGGGCGGGAACUAUUGUACAUGAAAUGCUUCAUAAUUUAGGUCAUAAGCAUAAAAAUAAUGAUUAUAGUAAUCAAUGGCAAAUUAAUAUAUUUGAAAAUUGUUUCAUUUAUAAUGGAAAUUAUUCAAUAUGA